AUGAAAGUUUACAACUGUUUCUUACAGAAGGCGGAGCGCUAUGGUGCUAUUAAAAGUAAAACAGCAAUUAUUCCGAAAGGCUAUGAAGUAAAACAUUUCAGUUUGUGGGAGCCGGAUUACCUAGUACUUGCUAAAACGAAAACACCGGAGUACGAUGAAAUUAAUGUUCAAAUCAAAGGAUUUGAUUUUGCUGUACUUGAAAAGUUUCAAAGUUUAAUUCAUAGAAUUGCUAAGCAAAUGUCAAUUGAUGUUACAGCUUCUUGGGCUUUUCCUUACCAACAUCUCAAAGUACAGACAUUUUAUGAAAACUCUAGUCAAAUAAAAACGGAAUACAAGUUAAAAUUAUAUGAAAGAAAUGUACAAAUCAUAGAUGCAAAAAGUCAUAUAAUGCCUCUAUUUUUAGAAACUCUAAUUACUGCCUGCCCCCCUGGUGUCAAAAUAAGUGUACAUGAGCAUACAAAAGAAAUAGAAGAUGCAAAAUAUGUACCUGAUUAUGACGCUAUUGAAUUACAAAAACAAGUAGAUGAAAUUGAAGCAAAGAAAAAGAAAAAAUAG